ACAUGGGACGGUCUAACAUUUCAUCACACUUCUCUCAUUCCGUCUUCAGAACAACAUCAGCUCCUAGUUCUUACAAUGAAAAUCGCAAUUAUUAUGGCGAUCCUCGUGGCUCUCGUUGCCGCUCAACAGGAGCCAGUGGCCAUCGUCUCAUCCAACAGCGAAACGAACGCAGAUGGAAGUUACACUUAUGCCUUUGAGACAGCUGAUGGAACUAAAGUUGAAGAAAGUGGCAGCCAGAAACAAGUUGGUCCGAAACCUGAAGAUAUUGGAACCGUGUCUAGGGGAUCCUACUCCUACACAUCCCCUGAUGGUGUUGUUAUCACUGUUAAUUGGGUAGCCGAUGAGAAGGGAUUCCAGGCUACAGGUGAUCAUCUACCAACUCCUCCACCGAUGCCCGAGCAUGUCGUCAAACUCUUGGCUGAUUUGAAAGCUGCUGGAGCUCUGUAAUCGACUUUGGAUAACCUCUUGGUUUGUAUUUUGUAAAUAAUUUUUUCCAAAGCACUGUUCCAGUGUACAUAGAAAGCUUGCAUUCAGGGUUGGGCUGUAUCAUAUGAAAGCUACUGCGUGUCGUCUUUGAGCAAAAAAUAAUACAUUUAAAUCUUAUUCGAAA